AUGAAUUGUGAGAAUACUGAAGGUUCUUUCGAGUGCUCCUGUAUUAAUGAUCUUUACUACAAACUCGAACCAAGUGGAAAUGCAUGCCGAGAUAUCGACGAGUGCAACGAAGAAAGUCCAACGGGAAAGCAAUGUGACCUCGCCACGACCAACUGCGUAAAUCAUAUUGGCAUCUACGACUGCCCUUGCAAAUCUGGCUACGAGAAAAAAACAGAAUGGGAAUGUCAAGACAUCAAUGAAUGCACAACGACAGAUCCUUCACUCAAACAUAAUUGUGAUUCGAGUAAAAAUGAAAUCUUUUGCAAAGACACCAACGAGUGCCAAACUCCGGCGCUUGUGCUUCAAAACUGUGGGGUCAAUGUUACUUGUGACAAUACAGUGGGGAGCUUUUCAUGCGACUGUCAGUACCCGGGCCAUUUUUACAAUGGAACAGGGAAAAUCUGCCUUGAUAUCAACGAGUGCCUCGACUCCGCAAGCUGUCCAACUUACUCAACUUGUGAUAAUUUCGACAUGUCUUAUUCAUGUACCUGUGAUGAUGGCUUUUACGGAGAAUGCACCGGAAGCAGCUGCGAAACGUUAACUUGCGAAGACAUAGACGAGUGUGCUGAAUUCAUAUGUGACGAAAGCAUGGAGUGCGAGAAUUUCAUCGGCUCGUAUUCAUGCUUCUGCCGCCAGGGGCUUAUCGAAGAAAGAGGCAAAUGCGUCGACAUUGAUGAGUGCUUAGACGAAAACAAUUGUCCGGAAAACAGCAGAUGCGAAAAUUUCGAGGCGUCAUACAGCUGCAAAUGCGACGAGGGCUUUUACGAAAAUUCGUGCGAGGGAGUAGACCAUUGUGCGGAUUUCCGCUGCGAAGACAUAGACGAGUGCUUGGAGGAGAAUCUCAACGUCUGUGAAAUAAAGUGUUUGAACAAUCCCGGCAACUACACUUGCGAUUGCCCACUGAUGCUAGAAAAAGUUGGAUUUGGAGGAUGCCAAGCUCAGGAGGUCGAAAUACAACUCGACUUCGAUGCUCAAAUGAUCGUCGUGAAUGCUUUUUCGAUUCUGAGCGACAAGAUUUCCAAUAUUUCAAACGCAAUCGACGCGAAAACUCUUGCCAUCGCAGAAGGCAUUGAUGCUGCGGCGAAUAUGACCGAGGGUAUUUUGAAUAAAAUGAUGGAUCCAAAGAGCAUUUCGGACAAGUUUUUGCACACUUUAACUUCUUCAAAUCUCGAUCUGGCGAUUUUGCUCGAACCAAAAGCGCAGGAAGUGAUUCAACAACUCGAAGAUCUUCUUCAGAAAAUCAGUUCGGAUGACUUGUCCUCUGAUAAGUUUCACAUGGCUGAAGGUGGUAUCAUGCCAAAUUUCACCAUCGAUAGCUUGUCUCAAACAAGAUCGUCUGAAGAGCCAGUAAUCUGUCAAAUAGACAUCAACCCUUUUAUCUACACAAAGACCGAUCUAAAUCUUGAGCAGCGGUUCUUGUUCAUCAAAAAUUACUCUGGCACUGCGACAAUUACAGCAACAGACAAAACUCUCGUGCCAGACAAAUUCGCGAAAACAUUGAAAAGUGACAAGGCAGAAAUAGUCAGAUUUGAUUUGGUUAGAGAAGAAGACUUUUUCAUCUUUUUCGAAUUGCCCGAAGAUGUCAAAAUUGAGGUGUGGAUCGAAUUUUGGAAAGCUCCAGAGCCAGAAGUAUUGAAAUUCCGGCAUCAGGUAAAUUUGCCUAUCACAAAGACGGCUUCUGAAGUUUCGUCGACUAUUUGUGACCCAUUCGGAAAGUGUGUUGGAAACGAAGCUGGUAUUUUUCUGAAUAAAGAUGAAAUCGCAAAAUGUUUUUCAAGACCUCAGUGCUCAAUCUUUCUUCAAAUUUACUCAUCCCAAGAUGCUGAAAUCACCAUUCAUCCCUUCUCAAAAACUUGCGUUGCUGAUCAAUCGAAGAAAUGGAGCACCAAUAAUUGCAAUGUCAGCCCACACUCGACAUUCCACGAGCUCAAGUGCUCCUGCCAGAUCGAGGAAGAAGUUAAAGUUGCAGUUAUGACCGGAAAAUUUGAAACAAAGGAGGAUUAUUUAUCCAUUAAAAUCGCGAAAAUCAUUGAGCUAACAAUCACGAUCUUCCCGAUCCUCCUCGCUGGAAUCUGGUUUCUAUCUCUCAGCAAAGCUCGAGCGACAGAUCGAAAACUAAUCCGAAGACUUCAGCCACAACAAGUGGCGGUAGUCGAAAACACUGUAGCUCCUGAGCUGACGAUAAUCAUUCUCGAUUCUUAUUAUUUGAUCGAGGCAGCGCCCAACUUCGUCAACAUCGAAAUACUUUAUAUUGACUUGAUUCAAAAGCGUAAAACUCACAAGCUUAUACUAGGAAGAAAAGACUGCAAUAUCAUUCAUAAUGGAGGAAAAACUGUUUUUAUUUGCAACAUGCCGAUAAUGAAGGUUCUUUCAGUCAAAUUAUGGAUUGACUUCAAUGCGAAAAAAAGCGUUUCCUUUUGGCCAAAGUCGUUGGAAUUCAGAAGGCUUGGGAAGUAUCCAAGGAAAGCUGGCGCUUAUGACGUACGGGUUUUGAGUUCUUUCGACUCCCUGGUCUUGUUCGACGAGCGACUGUCUGUCAUGACCAAUGACACGACGAUCACAAAUGAUGUCAACAUCAAAUCAAGACGGCAAGGGAGAUUGUUAGAGUACAUGAUCGAAUACAACAACUGGUUUGGAAUCAACUUCAAGAAAAAAUACUCAAGCUUCAAUUGUCAAACACGCAUCAUUCUCUCAGGCUUCACUCUAUCACUUGCGAUUCUGUUGAAUUUGCUUUUCUACAUUAAUUUCAUCCCCGGAGAAGUCCUUCAAUUUGGAAACUUCCUGCUUUCCUUUUCGCUUAUUCUUUCAAUCCCAGCUACACAAGGGAUGAAUCUUCUAGUGACUUUUGCUGUUCGGAAAAUUUUCAUGAAUCUCCUACCAGCGGAAUUGUCCGUUACGAGGACAGAGAAACGACGGAGCUUUCUCGUGAUGUUUUUGGUCGGAGGAAUUUGUGGAUGCUUGAGCUUAACUGUACUCUAUUACCCGAAGCUCAACCGGAUCAGUGAAGAAAUUUGGUACUCGUCUGUUUAUCUCACUUGCUUAUUCGAAACUGUCAUUACUCCGAGCUUGAUCUCAGUUCUCCUUUAUGUCUUCAACACCGAAAUCGCCCAAUCCAAAUCCUUCAAACUCUUCUUUCCAAAAAACAAGCCCGAGUUUUACUCAGGCGAGUACGAAAGCUUACACCAAGAGAAUUUUCUCACACGGAAAGAAAUCUCCAAAAUCGUCAAUUCUUCAAAUCAACGCGAAGAUUUGAUUCGAACGAUCUUCAAAUUUGCCGCUUAUCUCUUUCUUAUAAGUUCUUUAUACGGCCUCAGUACAGUCAUUUUGCCUUCUGAAAAGUUUCAUGUGGAUCGAAAUUUCAGAAAUCAUCUCGAUUUCGGUAAAGAGCUCCUCACAAUGGAUAACAUGUGGGACACAGUGAAGACGAAAGUUCCAGAAAUCAUGCACCGAGAUGCCUUUUACAAUGAUAAAAAGCUGUCGUUCAGGGAGCAAAAAUUUGCAUCAGACUUUGUCAAUUUCCGCCUCGGUCCAGCUUCAUUUAUUCAAUAUCGUUCACAGUGCGGAGUUUUCGAUAAGAAAUGGGUGCCUGCGCCAGAGCCAAUAUCAAUUGGAAAUCUCAAAAGAAGAAAGAUCUCUCCUUCCCACCUACCCUGGCUCUCUGAAACAAGAAGUUUUCUGCCAGAUGAUAUUUUGCUGAAAACGAACUUGGAACUAACCGGCUGUGAGUUUUUCGCUGAGUUGGGUACUUCAAGAGAAAGCGCAGAGUUCAUGAUCAACGAACUGUUUGAAAAUGCCUGGGCAGAUGAAAAGACAGAACUGGUUAUUUUCGAGCAGAGCUUUUUGAACAUGAACAUCAACUCUUUCAUCCAACUUCGGUUGAUUUUCGAGUUCCAAGAAGGCGGGGCCAUCUUCCCAUCACUCUCAAUUCAACAGCUCAAAAACGUUGAUCUCUCCGACUCAAUUCUAGCGCUGAGUUUGUCGGUCUUUGCGAUUUUCUUUCUUUACGAAAUUUAUGCUGUUGGAAAGAUUUUCUACCUUCGGUGGUUUUGCUUUGUCACGAUUUUUCAAAUAGUCCUAUGCUUGCUCGACGCUGGAAUCCUCGCAUUGUAUAUUCUUAGGACAAAGUUUCUGUCCAAAGCAAUUGCACAUUUUGUGAUGGAUCCGAAGGGCAGUCCGAAAUUUGCAGAUGUUUUCUUGGUGCAAUAUUAUUUUAUUUCAAUGGUGGCCAUUUCUUUAUUUCUUCAUACUCUUUUCCUCGUUCAUAUUUUAUCGACGCUCUCUGUUGUCAGAAUGUACAAAAUCGUCCUCAGAAAGUUGAAAAUCACUCUAGCUCCUUAUGUGGUUGGAAUACUACCGAUUCAACUUGGCAUUUCUUCAGUUAUUUUUCUCAUUUACCAGAACUCUUCAAAUUUGUUUCGCACUUUUGGCCGGACUUUCUUCACGAUUGUUUGGCAAGGCUACCUCAAGCCUUCAGACAUGAAUGCCGACCUCGAAAGUCUGCUAGACAACGACUGGCGAAGAUUGGCUCAAACGAUUUAUUGCGUUUUGAAUUUUUCGAUGAUGUACGUUUCGAUGAACAUGAUAAUUGCCAUCAUUUGCGAUACAAACGUCGAUGUCCGAAGAGAAGAGUUUCAUCUCGACUGGCUCAACUUGGCGGCAAAAUAUUUCAAGAGAAAAAUCGUCAGGAUGAAAAGAAGAACUCAGUACAUUUUCAAUUAUGACAGCGUGCGUGUCAAUCCGAAUAGGCGAAAUGCUAUUUGGGAAUAA